UCCUCGCCAGAUCUGGCGCAUGCGCACAUCGAAAAAGAAUGCGGACUUCGCAGCUCUCCCAAUAUUAAAUUGUUUGAUGGCCAUAAUUUGAUAAAUCAUGUCGAAAGCACCAUCUCAGGCCGGUUCUUCGGGUGCCGCGGCCAACCUGGGACCUUCAUCGUCCUCCUCCUGCUCCUCACCCUCGGCAGGUGGCACGACGUCCCCCGCUAACGUGCUGCACGCACAGCCCGAGAAACCCCAGCACUACACGUAUCUGAAAGAGUUUAGGACAGAGCAGUGUCUCUUAUUUGUGCAGCACAAGUGCACCCAGCACCGGCCCUUCACCUGCUUCCACUGGCACUUCCUGAACCAGAGACGACGGAGGCCGGUUCGCAGACGAGAUGGAACAUUUAUUUACAGCCCUGAUGUGUACUGUGUUAAAUACGACGAGGGCACGGGGACAUGUCCCGACGGAGAUGAGUGUCCAUUUCUGCACCGGACAGCUGGAGACACAGAGAGGCGGUAUCACCUGCGGUACUAUAAGACUGGUUCCUGUAUCCACGAGACCGAUGGGAAGGGCCACUGCAGUAAGAACGGCCCUCACUGUGCCUUUGCUCAUGGCUCCCAUGACCUCCGUAGCCCUGUCUAUGACAUCAGAGAGGUUCAGGUGUUAGAAGCCCAGUCUGCUACUGGAUUGGUUGAGGGAACAUCUGGAGAAGGGCAGUCAGGAGUCGUGGCCAGCACUGCACUCAUAGAAAAGAUCCUGAGUGAAGAUCCACGCUGGCAAGACAAUAGUUUCGUGCUCUCCCACUACAAGACUGAGCUUUGCAAAAAACCUCCCCGCUUGUGCCGUCAGGGCUAUGCAUGUCCCUACUAUCACAACAGCAAAGACCGCAGGCGGAGCCCUCACAAACACAAAUACAGAGCCCUGCCGUGUCCCUCAGUGAAGCACAGUGAUGAGUGGGGGGACCCGAGUAAAUGUGAGAGCGGAGAAAGCUGUCAGUACUGCCACACGCGGACAGAACAGCAGUUCCACCCGGAGAUCUACAAAUCCACAAAAUGCAAUGACAUUAUGCAGAGUGGCAACUGUCCGAGAGGGCCGUUCUGUGCUUUUGCUCAUUUAGAAAAAGUGACUGUCAGUGAUGAGCAGCUGGCCGCACAAUGCAGUUCACCUCCUCUAGAAACUUCCUGCUCUGCUUUCUUAGAAGACUUCAAUCAGAGUGGGCUGAGUGCCGCCACAGAGGAAGGGCUGCUGGGAAGGGUUCUUUUUGAGGAGUCCUCCAGUCUUGACGCCAGUCCAGGAGGAGAGGGGGGUUAUGGGAAAGCCCCUGGGUUUGAGAGGGAAGACCAGGCCAGACAUAGAAGUUUUUCAAUGGAACAGCGCAGCAGAGACAUUUCAUCCAUGCACAGCAAACAGUCUGCAUUGGAUGAUCUAGACCUGAAUGACUUUGGAGUCUCGGCUUUUGAGAAAAGUCUGGAGAGUUCAGCUUUACCCAGCAUGGGCCUCAUGUUGGGAGGCAGUCAGUUACAGAGUUCAGCACCUGUUAACAUUCCUGGCUCCCUCAGUAGCCCCUCCCCUUUCAGAUCGCCCUCACCUUCUCCACCAAUCAGAGCCCACCACUCUCCAUUCCUCUCUGCACAGUUGCCACAACCCAGCCAAUCAGAGAGCAGCUUUUUGGGGACCUCCCAUGGUUCUUUAGGUUUAAAUGGCAUGAGCAGCAGUAUUUGGGAACAUUUUCCGACAUGCCAAAGUUCGCCCGGUACCCCUCCUGCCCUGCUUUCCACAGGGAGCAUGUACACCGAGGCGUCACGUCUCAAACAGGAAGUGGAGGAGGCACACAGGGUGCUGAAACACUGGGACCACAGCUGGAGACAGAUGGCUCAGUCAUUGGCGGUUUUAAAAGCAGACGCAGAGGACGCUUGUCUCUUGGCGGGGCAGCUGGGUAUGGAGGCGGAGCGAGUGCGGCAGGCUGAAGUGGAGGCGCAACAGCAAGCCGCUUUCCUGGAGGAGGCACUAGAGAGCCUACGGCACGCAGAAAACCCACAUCUCCAGCUUCACCAGCUACAGUUACUGCACAGACUUCCACUGAGCUCCAUCUGCAGCCUGCAGACACAGAUCUGCUCCUGCUUGCGCACUGUAGAACAGGCUGUGUUCAGGAAGCAGAGAUUAUAUUGUGUAUCUUGCGAUGAGAUGGGAUCAGUGACGUUGCCAUGCCAACAUGGCCUGCAUUGCGAACGAUGCGCAGCCUCGACAGAAUGCCCGCUGUGCACCGAACACCAGCAGAGCAUGAAUAUCCCGCAGUCAUAAUCCUAAUCUGCUAUAAUCCACACACUAGACACAAACCCUGACCCCUCACUAGAUCUCAUUCACAUUUCACUCAAAUUCCCAUUACAACUACGGCUAAAUGUAACCUACAGAGCCCAAAGCCUUAUCUUAACUAAAAGCUGAGACUUAAUUGAUAAAUAUGAUCUAGUUUGAUUAAUAUUGACCAUAUCAAUAAGACACGUCAUGCCAUAUCCUUUACAUUAGCAUGCAGUCAGUUCUAGACCUCAAUGGGACCAUUAUAUUU